CGUUACUUUUUACUUCCAUCCAAAUGGCCCAAAACAGCUAUAACGAGGCCCAAAGUCCAGAAACGUCCGAGCCCACCGAAUCCCGCCCCGUCGGCGGAAAUGAGUUUAGCUGGUGCAAGGCUGUUCCCAUCGGCACCGGCGUCACCGUGCUCAGCCUCCUCCUCUCGAAACCACCCGAAAUCACUAUUCUCAAAAAUGCCCUCCACAAUCUCCAGAAUUCCCAUCCUAUCCUCCGCUCCAAGCUCCACCUCGACCCCUCCACCAACACCUUCCACUUCCUCAUCCCUGCCUCACCCAACGUCCAAGUCGAACACUUCGAUCUCGCUUCAACGGCUAGCAUCGUCCAGGCCCAGUCCAAUGGUCGCGAUGAUCCCUUUCACACACUCCUCGAGGACCAGAUGAACCUCGACACUUGGCGCGAUUAUGAGCCACGUGACCUCGACGUGCUCUACGCCUCCGUCUUUACCCUCUCCCACGACCGUUUCGCCGUGUUCCUCCGCCUCCACACCUCCGCGUGCGACCGCGCCGCAGCUGUGGCGCUGCUCAUGGAGCUCCUGCGCCUCUUCUCCGACGACGGAACCGGCAAUAUUGGGGAGGAGAAGGUGAGUUCUGCAAUCGAGGAUCUGAUACCCGAGGGGAAGUUGCACAAGCCUUUCUGGGCGCGUGGAUUGGACGUGCUUGGAUACUCGCUCAACGCUUUCAGGUUCGCGAAUUUGAACUUCGUGGACGCCGCUUCGCCUCGAAGAUCGAGGAUAGUGAGGUUGCAACUGAAUGUUGAAGAAACCAAGAACCUUCUAGCUGGAUGCAAGUCCAGAGGAAUUAAACUUUGUGGGGCACUUGCAGCAGCCGGAAUGAUGGCAUCAUGGACCUCUAAAGGCCUUCCUAAUUAUCAAAGAGAAAAGUAUGCUGUUGUAACACUUGUUGAUUGCCGCUCACUUCUUGAUCCUGUCCUUCCCAGCAACCAUGCUGGAUUUUAUCAUUCCGCCAUCCUGAACACACAUGACGUGGCUGAAGAAACCUUAUGGGAGUUGGCAAAGAGAAGCUAUACCUCCUUUGUAAAUGCUAUGAACUGCAACAAGCAUUUUUCAGACAUGUCUGACCUGAACUACCUCAUGUGCAAGGCUAUUGAGAACCCCGGUUUGACACCUUCAUCGUCACUUAGAACUGCCUUGAUCUCUGUGUUCGAAGAUCCUAUCUUUGUUGACUCGGGUGAAAUGGAUGGGGAGAUUGGUUUGGAAGACUUUGUGGGCUGUGCUUCUGCUCAUGGUGUUGGCCCAUCCUUAGCCUUAUUUGAUACCAUACGGAAUGGAAAGUUGGAUUGUGCUUGUAUAUAUCCAUGGCCCCUGCAUUCAAUAGAGCAGAUUGAGGGACUAGUCGAUCAUAUGAAGAGAAUACUUGUGGAAGGUUGUAGCAGUGAAAAUCAACAAACUGAACCAUAAGCCAAUUCUGAGGCUGAGCAAGUAUGUAUAAUGUCAUGGUCAAACUCAUAAACUUCGAUUCCCCUUCUAUUUCAGUUUGAUUCUCCUUUUACGAGGCCGGGUUUUCAAAAUGAAGGGAGAAAUAUAUAUUACAAUUCUCAGUGAAGGAUUAAAGACAUAUGCAAGCGUUGCCAUUGCAUUGUUAAAUAGCCUUUGAAAUCCAAGAUUUCUUUGUUUUUAAAGGUUAUUGAUUUAUUUCAUUCUCAA